UACUGAUAGCUGCGAGGAGCUGUACAUGGGUCGCCCCGAAGGAUAGUUUUCUGGGAUCAGGUACUGCCUUCUCCCUGUCACGUUGUUUUGCUCUUCGCACCAUGGUUGGUGUCUUUCUGCCUGUGAACACACCUCCUCCCAGCUCAGUUUCUUGUUUCACUCUGAGACUCUGCACUUCUACCAGCAGACUGGACUGCUCACCUUCAGGAACUCAGGCAGUGUCGAAGACAUCUCUACCCCAGCACCCCAUCCAUCCAUCCUGGAGAGAGAUGGGCGCCGGGCAGCUGCUGACAAUCUGUCUGACUCUCUCCGUCACUAUCGCUGGGACUGGGGCUCCCCCGACCACCGUGAACGGAACUCGGGGACACUCGGUCUCCUUACCUACUGGGAUCCCAGUCAGACCGGAUGAUGCUGAGGUUGUGUGGAGUCGGGUAUCACCCAGAGUCAUGAUAGUUAAGUACUUGAAGGGUAACAUUACCUACUUCGGUCCUGAGGAGUACAAGCGAAGGAUAACCUUUCAGCGUGGGGACUUCAGUCUGGAAAUCCGUGAUCUACGGAGAGAGGACUCUGGUGAUUACGAGGUGACUGUUGCAGCAGCAGGUUCAGGAGCUGAAAGUAAAACAACAAUGCGACUGGAGGUGCAUGCACCCGAUACAACAGCAGCAAAACCGCCAACAACAACGACAACAAAAACAACAGCAACAGGAUCUGGGCUUCAGAAAAUAGCCCUGACGAUCGGACUGCUUGUUCUGGGGGUCAUCCUGAUCUCCCCCCUCGUUGUGAUUCUCAUCGUCAAAUGCAGAAGGAGAGCAGCAGGGAGGGAAGGGUCUUCAAACACUGAAGACCCAGAAGGAUCAGAGACUAUUUAUGCAAAUGUGGUGCGAAGAGAGGACCGUCAGUUUGACAGGAGGCACGAUCAGGAGAACAACAGGGUAAUGGCAGAAACAGUACCUCAGGGAAGUGGGACGGUUGUGAGAAAAGACCUCCAGUGA